AGUCUAGCGUAGCGGUAGGCUCUUUUAAGAACCAAAACCCGACUCGAUUAUAUUAGUUUAGAUCAAACGGGCCGUAGAAAAAGGGUAGUUUUAUUCUCCGGGUUCGCGUGAGCUGAGCUGAGCUGAUCUAUUUAGGCUGCGGCGAGAGCAUCUCGCUUGAUUCGCACCUUGUGAAUCACCCAAUCUGCGAGCGAGCGAGUGGUGGGAGGAGCUCGAAUUCGAAUUGGAUUUGCAGCUGCUGCUUCGGGGGAGGAGGCGGAUUUUCGCCGCCGCCUCGUGAGGUGAGGUGAGGUGAGGCGCUGGUGGUUGCGGCGCCGCGCCAGCUAGCUCUGCACACCAUUGCGUCGCUGGAGGCGGCUCAGGCAGGUUGAUCCAAAUUUGAGAGCCUCCAAUUCCUGGAGGAUUUGUGGCGUGUUUAUGGGCGACUAGAUCGGGAAUUUUUCAUCUGCUUUGGGCGUGAUGGCAGCUGAUUCCAGCAUGGGGUUUCACCAGGGGAUCACCGCCUCGAUGUACAACCACCACAUGCUCUCCUUUCAAUCCAACAGCGGCAUAGGCAUCGGCGGCGGCGCUACCGACGGUAUGGUCAUGGCCCCCAGGAGUGUGAGUGGAACCAGUAGCAACGCCGGCUUGUUCCUCUCCCCAAACACCGGCGUCAUCGGCAACGCCUCGGGGGUUGGCCCGUCAAGGAGCUUGUCGGGGGAUGUGUUACGUGGCACGGGGGCGCCCAAGUAUAAGUUUGUCACUGGUUCGCCUUCGGAUUGGAGUGACCGGGAGAUGGGUAUACUGAAGGAAGGGAUUGUGAGAUAUGCUCGUGAACCUAAUAUCAUGAAGUACAUCAAGAUAGCGGCUAUGCUGCCCAACAGGACCAUCAGGGAUGUUGCAUUGCGGUGCUGGUGGGCUACAGGUAAAGACAGAAGGAAGAAACCUGAUGGAUUUUAUACAGGGAAAAAGAUAAGAGACAUGAAGCCAAUCCAGGACAAAAUAGUUGCAUCUGCCCCGUUGGCUAAUUUUCACAUGGCACCUACAAACAGCGUACCACCUUUCUCAAUAUCAAUGCAACAUCCAAAUCAACAUUGUCAGGUUCCUAAAGAAGCAGCUCCUGUUGUCGACAGUGCAACCCAGCAUCUCCUGGAGGAAAAUAUUCAAUUGCUUAACCAGAUUGCUGCAAAUAUUGAAACAUUCAAGGCAGAGCAGAACACAGAUCUCUUUCUUCGCACGAGCAACAAUAUCAAAACUAUUUUAAGCAGAAUGAGCGAGACGCCUGGUAUCAUGGGUCAGAUGCCUCCGUUACCAGUACCUGUAAAUGAAAACCAGCUAACUUCACUUCUUCAACUGAACAGAAUGGUUGCAUCAUAUGGCACAACACGCACCUCUCAUACGAAACAAGAGCCCCGGAGCUGAUGUACCAUAAACUGAAGCAAAUGAGAAGACCAAAUGCCGGAGCUUCCCCAAUUCUGUAGACGUGCUGCAAGGAAUGCUUGCAUGUUGCUAUACUGACUGAGCGCCAGGAUUAGUCACCGUGCUUCCAAGAGAGUGUUUUCCAGUGAUGAUUGUUUCCGACCCGCCUGCCUGCCCCUUGUUCAUGAAGCAUUUUGAGGAAGUGUGCGGUUGUGAUGCGAGCCGCGAGGUAUUUGCAGCUGUCCCUGUUGUACCCAGUAUUCAGCUAAUAGAGCAGAGUACCACACUUGAUCCGGGACUCCGCAAGUGACUGUAAAUAUUGGACGGCUGGAGGCGUUCCAUGUUUUGUUUCUCUGAUUAUUCAUGAAUAUAAUUUUUCAGGAAGUGCACUGCAUUGUUUCCAU